CUCUCCUUUCUGUGGAACGGAAAUGUGGAUGGCUGCAACUGUCCAACAUGAAGCUGAGGCCUGAGUCGACUUGGAGUCGUUGACACAGAAAAAAAGAAGCAAACGAAAUUAUCCAGAUAACCAGUUGAUAUCUAAUCCUCAGCAUACGAAAAAUCCGGCGCUCAUAGCGGCCAUUGUCGUAUUAAUUAACGGCAUUGUAUACGAUGGUUUGGGCAUCGUUCCGACAAAAGUCCUCUAAACUUGCUAGCCAUGUCCAUUCAACGACCCCUUGAUCGUUUCGAAUGACUGCUGGAUCGUAUUUCCGUGAAUUCUCAUUCCUAAUAAUUGCGGCACCAUCGGGCCUCUCUGCGGCGGAGGGCCAAAUUAGCAUCAAGAGCAAUGGAUACUAUACUACAGGAAUGGCAAUGCUUGAUCCAAUCAUGGUUCGCUAGACGGGCAGACGCUUCUGAAAUCUUGGAGGAUGCCCAGAAACUGGAGCUUAAAUACCCCAUACGAGGAAGACGAGUCGCCGAGUUAAUCAUUGCGGAGUCUAGUGACGGGAAUGAGGACGAGAUUCGGCUGAUGGAUUGGUCAGGAGACAUAUAUGUCAGGACUUUACUUCGAGCUGGCCGCAUUGACAUUGCCGAUGUUCUUGGGGCCCUCCUCGUUCGGUCAAAGACUUAUCAUGCGGCAUUUUCAAGGCCCGACUUCGAGCUUCCCAACUCCAAGUCAAAUGCGAUGGACCUGGAGAGCCGCAUCUUCCUCACGUUGACGCGAGCGCUGAUUUCCGGGCCUCAUCCGAGAAGGCAGAUGGAGCUGACCGACUUUCUUCGCUUCCUCGCAAAAUACAUGUCGGCGGCAGCCACCACAAGCGUGGAGACGGCGCUGCUCGACCCCUUGACACGAGAGUACCGGUGGGCGGAAGAUCGGCAGCAUCGAUUUCGAGACCGGCUAGGGACCUUGGCAGUCACCACACUAGAGCAUGGGAAAGUGAUUCGGUUCCUUAUGGACUCGAAACGAGAGAAGAUCCAUCGCGAGCUCGCGGAAGCUCUGACUCUCUUCGUGCCAGUAUACGCCCAAAUUUCUCCGAACACGGCCGACAGACUUGGGCUCGCACAGCGCCAGAGCACAUUGGUGCAGGAAGGGGAAGAAGGCGAAAUGGACCAUGGGGACAUUGAUGUCGCCGCACUCCAUGUUGACGCAGUAGUCGAUCUCCAGACCAUUUACAGUCGAGCUGGUCUUUAUGUGUUUAUCAGCGCUUUGAUGUCGGGGCGUCCUCUGAUGGGAGAUAAUCUGAUAUUGAACUACCUCAAUGUGCGAUACAAGAAUGAUAUGCAAGCGGCCGCGGAGACGACGACUGCCUUAAUUGUGGCAUCUUUUGAUGUCCUGUCCACCGCCAUGAAACGCACUGGUCACAACGAGUCCAUGUUUAGCCUACGCUCUUUCAUGAUCAAUAAACUCCCGGUUUUGAUCUCGAUUCUUUCCACCUCAACAUAUCCCCCACUCUCGGUGGAGCUGUGCAUCACCGAAGCAUUUCGCCUUAUCCGACCUAACGCAUUCCCCUCCUUCUCCGACUCCUUCAUGGAAGCCGGUAACAACGUGAUGGCGGAUGUCCGACAAGACUUCCUGUUUGCAUGCAUUAUGCAUCGCCUGAUUGUUCCGCAAAGUCUCGAAAGACUUUUAACGGUGGAUGAACGGCCCAUGUCGGAUCCCCCUUCCCCUUCGAAAUUAUACUCCAAGGAUUUACUUUUGUCUCAAUGUUCGUCGAACCCGGAACGUGCUGAGGAGAUUGUUGGCGAGCUUGAGGAUCUGGACGGAAAUGCUGGUGCCAUUGUGGAAGCACUUGUCGAGCUUAUCCGAAACAUGUGCAACACGAAGGAAACUCUCUCUUUAAAGAGUAUUUGUAACGCCUUGUCGCGAAGACGGAUCGCGCUAGACGUUGUCUUCCAGUUCACAUCCCCAGCCUCCAUACUACAGCCACUUUGUCAUCUACUGGAUACAUGGCGGUAUGAAGAAGACGCAAGCGAAUUCCAACCUGUCUACGAUGAAUUUGCCGGCAUAUUUCUUCUCGUACUGGCGUUGGUGUAUCGCUUCGGUCUGACGCACCAAGAAAUGGGCAUCGCGCAAGACUCGUUUGUGACCAGAUUCCUUGAGAAUGAUCAUAUCAGUUAUUCGAUGGAAGAGCUCGAGGGAAACCAGAAGACCCAUCUUAGUGCGUGGAUCAAAGCUUUAUUUGACCCAGAAGGGAACAUCGAUGAGGUUAUGGCGACUUGUCGGCCUCAGGAGUUUUACAUGCUGAUGCCGACUAUAUUCGGUCAAGUGGUCGCAGCGGCGGCCGCGGAUAUUAUCAGCAUUGACGCAGUGAAGUCGGGCUUGGACUACAUUCUCGAGACCUUUUUAUUGCCGUCGCUGGUUGCUGCCUUUUCGUGGAUGGCCGGUCAUGGAUUUGAACAGACACCCAAUGGUGCAGCGAUCAUCAUACAGAUCCUUCAGAAACUUUUCCGCUCCCCGUCUUCCUCGGGCGAUGCACCCUCGAUGCACGCAACGGUUCUUUCGAUAAGCACCAGCAAGUUGGAGAGACUGCUCCUCCACUAUCGCCGCAAUCUCCCGUCGGUACAAGAGAUACCGGCUCUAACGGAGCUCUUGAAGCCGCAUCUUCAUUUCGAGCGCUCUCGGAUGCACCAACUUGGGGAGUUAGAUUCAUGGACAUCGGCUCCCCACAAUCUCCUCGUUUCGAUUCGAUCCGUGGUCCAGUCGCUGGCUAACAUGGACUCGUCCGAAAACGAGAUGGUCCCGAGUCCACAAUACAAUCACCGGCAACUGUUGCUUACCGUCCAGAUCCUUGGCGCUGCACGAGUUCUCCAAACCAUCGUGGACGAGGUCAAACAUCAGACCGAAUUCGGGAGGGGCGCAAUCGCGCUCGAUGUGGCGACAUCCAUUAUCUGCGCCCCAGGUCUCGCCUCCCAUGUCAGUGCCGACCCGCACGGAAGCCUACCUUCCGGUGCUGUCAACUGUCUUCUCAGCCUUCGAGACGCAUUGACACUGAUGCGGGAUCAGGCGAAGAGCAUGGUGAAGCAAAAGGACCUCCUGGGUGCGGAAACCGUCGUCCGCCUCUCUCGAAGGGUCGAGGCUCAAAUGGUUCCUCCGGCUCCAGCGACGGCGGUGGACGGACUGGGCGCUGCGCAGAUGCUGCAGCCGCUGGAUUUGGCCGGCACGGGAGAGGCUCCCUCAACGGAGCAGAUUACUCGGCAAGCAUUGGAUUUUACAUCCGAUGCCGCCACGGCGGCGGCCAACGCGGCGGCCAUGGAUCUGGAUCCGGGCGCGACGGACAUGGACCUUGCGCAGGACAUGGCUGCGAACGCUAAUUUCCCGACCAACGAGGACGAUGUAUUCGCCGGGCUUCUGGACGCCUCCAUGGAUGACCUGCAAUUCGAUGCGGACGGUACGUCGGGGUUCUAGGCAAGCACGGUUGAAACCAAAGGGAGAAGAUCGGUGUGAGGAUUGAUGUUCAAGAAUAUGUAAUGCUCGACAUUCCGUUUAGUUAGAGAAAGUCGAACGUGUCUCCAGUAUU